CACAUAUAAACCUUGGCCGCUAAGCAAAAACAUUGAACCUCUCAAAUUUCUGAUCUCAUCUCAUCUCAACUAUGGAUGAGAUUACUAUGAACGAAGCUGAUCUACAAGAAGAAGAAAUCUCCCAUAACUUUCUCUGCUGCGUCUGCCUGGAACUUCUUUACAAGCCUAUUGUGCUAUCAUGUGGUCAUAUAUCGUGUUUCUGGUGCGUACAUCAGUCAAUGAGUGACCUGAGUGAGUCUCAUUGUCCGAUAUGUAGAGACCCUUAUGUUCACUUUCCUGCUGUUUGCCAAAAGCUUCAUUUUCUGCUAAAGAAUAUAUACCCACUUGCUCAUAACAAGAGAGAAAACCAAGUUCUUAAGUGGGAACAAGAACUAGAUAGUUUUUCUCCUCAGAUGGACGAACCAAAUACUAAGGAUGAUUCUCUAGAUAUCACUGAUGAACAGAAGGUGGAAGAGGAUUCUAAUCCAACAAGGUUAUUAUCCAGCAAUGAAAAAGAACCCCUUGAAGAUGCAAAAACUGUUAACGUUCAUGGGAGUGACUUACCUAAGAGUAUCAUUUCAAAAGAUGAUUUUCUCUGUUCAGCAUGUAAGGACCUGCUAGUGCGACCGAUGGUUCUCAAUUGCGGACAUGUGUAUUGCGAAGGUUGUGUAGUAGAUAUGAUGGAUCAAGAAAGUGCAAAGAUCAAAUGUAAAGAGUGCCAUGUUUGUGACCCCAGAAGAUUUCCCAAAGUUUGUUUGGCUCUUCAGCAGUUUCUGGAGGAAAACUUUCCUGAAGAAUACACUUCAAGGGAAAGUGGAAUUCAGAAAACGCUUGGAAACUUUCAAAGUUAUCGUAAAGAAGGCACAUCCUCAUCAGACGAAAACAACAACAAUGAUCUUCCUUGGUGGGCAAGCCCUGCAUCUAAUGUUCACGUUGGAACUGGUUGUGAUUCUUGCGGAGUUUUUCCAAUCAUAGGGGAUCGAUAUAGCUGCAAAGACUGCAAGGAGGAAGUUGGUUAUGACCUAUGCAAAGACUGUUACAUGACUCCUUCAAAGGUUUCAGGAAGAUUCAACCAGCAACAUACUUCAGACCACAGGCUUGAGCUCACUGAGGUUAAUGAAAGCGAGAGUGAAGAAGAUAGUGAUGAGAACGAGGAAGGGCCAGUUUAAAGAAGGAAUUGUUCGAUCAUCUUCGUCAUCUUAGACUAGUAAAGGCGAUUCUUACAGGCUGUUUUUCUUUCUUUUUUGUUCUUUGUUUCAAGAUUAGAAUAGCUAGAUAAAUAUUUGGAAGAGACGGUGUAGUUGUCCUCCCACCCUAUUAUGUAGCCAUGGAGGUUUAAGUUAA